AUGUCUAGGGUAAAUGAUGAAACGAUUUCAAAAGUUUUGCUCACGAUAGACAAGUAUAGGGGAAAUGUAACCAACUUCAAGAAGGCCGUUAUGGAAGGACAGUAUACCUCGACUCAGCAACCUCGACUAUUUCUGCGCUUGCUACUAUGGAAGACUUGUUUGAUCACAGACUCUUUUCAGAUUUCCUCUUGGUCGUCAAAGCUUAAUGACUCGCGAAUUGUGUUUCAUCAGUUGAUUAAACGUGAUGAUAUGAGGAUUCCUUGGUAUAAAUUGGAUGCUGAUUGUUUCUAUCAUCAGUCUUUGGCUAUUACUAGAAAGUCAAGCUUGAAUAGGAGACAAACCAUACGUGGAAUGAGACCUUCUUUGAAGAUGAAAACUGAGCGUGUUGAAACAAAAGAGGAUCCAUUGAGAACAAGGUCAAGUGGGUCUCACUCGUCUUGCCUUUCCAAGUCGUCAUCAGACACGGCUGACGACUUGGAACUCUUGGAGAGCAUUAUACUAGAUAUAGAGAGACUAUUCCCAGGAGAAGAGUUUUUCCACAAUACAAAUGAUCCAAAUACUAUACUUAUCAAGCGACAGCUUAUUGAAAUACUCUUUGUUUGGUCUAAAUGCAACCAGACAGUAGGUUACAAACAAGGACUUCACGAAAUUUUGGGAUUGAUAUAUUGGAACCUAUAUAAGGAAUCUGUAAACUAUGACCCUAAAGCAAGUACAUUUACUAAUGAAGAAGCUUCAAUUUUGAACUUGUUUAACAAGAACUAUUUGUGUCAUGACAUUUUCACAAUAUUCAACAAAUUUGUCUUGUCUAGCGGAAUAAUCACCCGAUUCUACGAGUCAGAAACAUGUUUGACUAAUCUGAUCAAUCAGUUUGAUAUGUAUUUGAUGAAAAUCGAUCAAUUUAUUCAUUACACAAUGAAUACUAGGCUCCAUUUAGAAUCGCAAUUGUGGAUAAUACGUUACCUUAGACUUGUACUCAUACGAGAAUUGGGUAACGAUUUAGAAGUUACAAAUCUAGUAUGGGAUAAACUAAUUGCAUCACAACCUGAUUCAAAAGGGAAUACCUCUUCUGGUUCUGAAAAAUUCUCAUGUAUUGUGGAUCUAAUCUACUUUAUAGUAAUCGUGCUUCUUAUCCAGCGGAAAACAGACAUCAUAUCGGCAGAUUUUAGUGAUUGCCUUUCUUUGCUAUUACACUACCCCAUGCCUAAAUUCACAACUGCAGCGUUUCGAGAUACCUUUGUUAAACAACUUUAUCAUGACGCAUUAAAGCUAUAUCAAAAGAGAAAUGACGAUUUGAAACUUUACGAGUAUGGAAAUAAGCUCAAUAAGAAAUAUAACGGAAAUCUAAAGAUUUUAAUGAGUUAUCGAAAUAGCGAAGAGUUGGGUGAUCCAAAUAGUGCCAGGUCCAGUAUCGAGUCAAUUAACCAACAACAACAACAACAACAACAAAAGCAAAAGCAAAAAACUCCCCUAAUGGAUGCAACUCAGGACCGCGCUGAAAAGAUGAGAUUUGAAAAAAUGAGCAUGGAAAUGCGGUUAAAGAAGAAAGUUCAACUGAUGAUAAAACCAUGA